AUGAGGAGAAGCUGCUGGCAGGCACGGGCAGCACAGGCACAGGCAGCAACAGGCAGCAACGGGCAGCACAGGCACGGGCAGCAACAGGCAGCAACGGGCAGCACAGGCACAGGCAGCAACGGGCAGCAACAGGCAGCACAGGCACGGGCAGCAACGGGCGGCAACGGGCAGCACAGGCACGGGCAGCAACGGGCGGCAACGGGCAGCACACGCACGGGCAGCAACGGGCGGCAACGGGCAGCACAGGCUCGGGCAGCAACAGGCGGCAACGGGCAGCACAGGCAUGGGCAGCAACGGGCGGCAACGGGCAGCACAGGCACAGGCAGCAACAGGCAGCAACGGGCAGCACAGGCACAGGCAGCAACGGGCGGCAACAGGCAGCACAGGCACGGGCAGCAACAGGCAGCACAGGCACGGGCAGCAACGGGCGGCAACAGGCAGCACAGGCACGGGCAGCAACGGGCGGCAACGGGCAGCACAGGCACGGGCAGCAACGGGCGGCAACGGGCAGCACACGCACGGGCAGCAACGGGCGGCAACGGGCAGCACAGGCACGGGCAACAACGGGCGGCAACGGGCAGCACAGGCUCGGGCAGCAACAGGCGGCAACGGGCAGCACAGGCACAGGCAGCAACGGGCGGCAACGGGCAGCACAGGCACAGGCAGCAACAGGCAGCAACGGGCAGCACAGGCACAGGCAGCAACGGGCGGCAACAGGCAGCACAGGCACGGGCAGCAACAGGCAGCACAGGCACGGGCAGCAACGGGCGGCAACAGGCAGCACAGGCACGGGCAGCAACGGGCGGCAACGGGUAG